CUUUCUCUCUCCUCAGACUCAAAAAUUAGUUAGUCUUCUCCGGUUGAAUUUCCGGCCGCCGGAGACUUUCUCUCUCUUUUUCUCCGUUCAGCAAUGCUAUUGUAUAAUAACAAUAUAAUAGGCAUAUCAUCCAUACUUUCAUGGAUUCCAUUAUAUAUCAUUUGAUCUGAAUUUGAAUUCUGAAUUCUGAUUGAUUGUUGAUUGUUGAUUGCUGAUUGCUGAUUGCUGAAUUUGAUUUGAGUAUAUAUAUAGUUAUAGAGACAGUCAAUUGAUGAGAGAAAUGGAAGAGAGACAAAUACUGUUCGAUAAGUAUGAAAUCGGGAAGCUAUUGGGAAAAGGAACGUUUGCGAAGGUUUAUCACGGUCGAGAAAUUCCAACCGGCGAUGGAGUAGCGAUUAAAGUUAUCAACAAGAUGCAGGUGAAGAGUGAAGGUAUGAUGGAGCAGAUUAAGCGAGAGAUCUCAGUUAUGCGACUCGUUAAACAUCCAAACGUAGUUGAAUUGAAGGAAGUUAUGGCGACGAAGACGAAGAUCUUCUUCGUAAUGGAGCACGUCAGAGGCGGCGAACUAUUCUCGAAAGUCGCAAGAGGUAAACUAAGCGAAGAGAAAGCGAGAAAGUAUUUUCAACAAUUGAUUUCCGCAAUCGAUUACUGUCAUAGUCGCGGCGUAUUUCAUCGAGAUCUGAAACCUGAGAAUCUACUUUUAGACGAGAACGAAGAUCUUAAAAUCUCCGAUUUCGGUCUUUCCGCCUUGCCGGAGCAGUUCCGUCACGACGGACUUUUACACACUCAGUGUGGAACGCCGGCAUACGUCGCGCCGGAGGUGUUAAGGAAGAAAGGAUACGACGGAUCUAAGGCGGAUAUUUGGUCAUGCGGCGUCGUUUUAUACGUUUUACUCGCCGGUUUCUUACCUUUUCAAGAUGAGAAUCUAAUGACUAUGUAUAAGAAGGUAUUCAAGGCUGAUUUUCAAAUACCGCCGUGGUUUUCCGUUGAAUCUCGCCGGUUAAUCUCUAAACUUCUGAUGGCUGAUCCUGACCGUCGAAUCUCCAUGCCGGCAAUCAUGCGUGUUCCUUGGUUCAGAAAAGGUUUUUCAAUCCCUCGCGCUUUUUCCUUCAACGGAUUAAACAACAACAACGACGACGAAGAUUCUUCCUCUGUUGCCGGCGGCGGCGAGACUGUAAGUACGAUAAGGAAAUCGGCGUCAACGCCGGCGUUUCUAAACGCGUUUGAGUUGAUAACAUCGAUGUCAUCUGGAUUUGAUUUAUCUGGUUUAUUUGAAGAAGAAGAGAAACGGAAGAGACGGCCGAUGUUUACUUCGAGAUGGUCGGCGGCGAGUAUAUUAUCGACGAUUGAAUCGGCGGCGAAUGGGUUGAGAUUCAGGGUUUCGAAAUCGAAGGAUUUUAAAUUGUGGUUGGAGAAAACAACGGAAGGGAGGAAAGGACGAUUGACGGUUACGGCGGAGGUAUUUGAGGUGGCGCCGGAAUUAGCGGUGGUGGAAUUUUCAAAAUCGGCCGGAGAUACUUUUGAGUUUGUUAAGUUUUGUGAAGAAGAUGUACGGCCGUCGUUGAAAGAGAUUGUUUGGACUUGGCAAGGUGAUGAAGCUGCCGCCGCCCCCGUUGAAAUUGGUGAGGUUGAGAGGGAAUAAUUAUAAUUAUUAUUAUUAUUAUUAAUAAUUAAUUAGUAAACGACUUUGGGACCUUAUGUCAUCUUUUUUAUUUUUAUUUGGUUUGGGAUUUGGUGUUUUUUUUAUUUGUGAUGGUUGUCCAACAAAUUUGUGGGUUUAAUAUGUAAAUUGCGUGUAAACUAACAUUUGACAUCUACCCUUGUUUGAAUUAUAUUUAAAUGCUUUAGAAAAACACUAAAAUAUUUU